CUAUCUAUAAUUAGUGAACAUGCUUAACUUGUCGUCUUAAAGUUGACCACAGCGAUUCCAUAUGUCUUAAUCAAGUCCUCCUCUUUCCAUAAUUAUUACUAGUAUACUGUAUACUUUUUCAUUCAAUUCAACACAGAAAGCUCGUAAGCAAAAUUCAUUUCAUCUAAACUUUAUCUUCCACAUAUCUCUAUCUCCAUUAAAUGCACUAUUAUACUACUACUACUGCUACACUUUCAUAGCUCUUUCAUCUAAUAAAUUCUGUUUUAUUUUCCUCUGUUCCUUUUUUUUUUUUUGUACUCGCCGGAAAAUAUGGCGGAUGAUUUUACGACGUCGGUAGAAAUGGGACUUCAGUUAACUAAAAGGAUUUACUACGGUAAGAAUCCGCCAAAGACAGUUGUAAUGGAGAGAAGUUCAUCUAUGAAGUCGGAGGCGAAUAAGCUGCCAUCGGCACCUAUGGUGUAUGCCGUUAUUAGGGACCCGUCGAUUGUGGAUAAUCCUGAUAUUCCGAGCUAUCAGCCGUACGUUCAUGGCCGUUGUGAUCCGCCGGCGUUGAUUCCACUUGACAUGCAGGGGAUUGCAAUGGAGGUUGAUUGUUAUAUGGAUACUGCUUUUGUAACGGUCAACGGUACUUGGCGAGUGCACUGUGUGGCUUCUAGCAGAUAUUGUGAUUGUCGAAUUGCUGUACCAAUGGGGGAGCAGGGUUCAGUUCUAGGUGUGGAAAUUGAAACACCAUCAAGAUCGUAUUCUACCUUGUUGAUUGAAUCAAAUGAUACCAAAGAUGCCGGUUUAAUAGCCAAUGCUAAAGACGGCUUCUUAUUAAGACGCCAGAUAUACACAUUAAAGGUCCCUCAGGUUGCUGGAGGUUCUAUUCUCUCCAUUAAAGUCAGUUGGUCACAGAAAAUACUGUAUCAAGAUGGUCAAUUUUCCUUAAAUAUACCUUUCAGUUUCCCGUGGUAUGUCAAUCCAGUUGCAAAACUGUCAUGCAAGAAAGAGAGGAUUCGGCUGAAUAUGAACUCUGGUAUAGGGAAAGAGAUCUUAUGUGAAAGUUCCAGUCAUCCUUUAAAGGAAACAAGCCGUUCGGUUGGUAGUUUAGGAUUUUUAUAUGAGAGUGAAGUUCGGGCAUGGUCAAUGAAUGAUUUCAGUUUCUCCUACAAAGUGCAUUCAAGUGAGAUACUUGGGAGAGUGCUCCUGAACUCUCCGUCUAUGCUUGAUUUUGAUCAGAGAGAAAUGUUUUGCUUCUAUCUAUACCCACCGACUGUCAAUACGAUGAAGGUUUUCAGGAAGCAAGUGGUAUAUGUUGUUGAUAUAAGUGCGAGCAUGCAAGGGAGGCCUCUUGAGAAUGUUAAGGCUGCACUACAGGCUGCCCUCUCUAAACUCAGUCCAGCAGAUUCUUUUAACAUCAUAGCUUUCAAUGGGAAAAGCUUAUUGUUCUCAUCCUCCAUGGUGCCGGUAGGGAAGGAGUCAAUAGGAAAAGCAGCACAGUGGAUUGACCAAAAUUUUGUAGCGGAGGGAAGCACCAACAUUUCCCUGCCUCUGAACCAGGCAAUAGAGAUGCUAUUGAAUGAUGGUGAUUCAAUUCCUCUUGUUUUUCUAAUCACCGAUGGGUCUGUUGAAGAUGAAAGAGAAAUUUGUGAAGCCUUGAGGGGACAGUUGAUGAAGAGAGGCUUGAGUGCUCCGCGAAUUUCAACCUUUGGCAUUGGCUUAUACUGUAACCACUACUUCUUGCAAAUGCUUGCUCAAAUCGGGAGAGGUUACUACGAUGCUGCAUAUGAUUUAGAUUCAAUCAGUUCUCGGCUGGAACGACUACUUAAUGGAACAUCAUCAGUCAUUCUAGCAGACCUGAAAAUUGAAGCUCUGGAAAAUCUUAAUUCAUUUGAGCUAUAUCCAUGUUAUCUGCCAGACCUGUUGUCUUCAAGACCACUGAUUGUCUCCGGUAGAUUCAUCGGGACCUGCCCUGAUUCUGUUAAAGUUAGCGGCACAUUCGAAGAUUCGAGCAAUUUUGUGGUUGAUGUCAAAGUACAAAAAGCAAAGGAUUUUCCUCUGGAAAGAGUUUUUGCAAGGAGACAAAUUGAAGCAAUAACUGUCAAUGCCUGGUUUUCUGGAAGCAAGCAACUAGAGGAGAUGGUUGUGAAAUUGAGCAUGCAAACGGGGGUGCCUUCAGAAUAUACAAACUUGAUUUUCGUUGAAAAUAAAAAGGAGAAACAGACCUCUAAAUUAGAGGCAGUAGACGAGAAGGCCUCCGAUCAAUUGAAUGUCAAGAAGAUCAUAUACCUUCGAGCACUUGGUGUUGGAUUUGGUAACUUGAAGGCGACUGCAGAUAAUCUUCCUGUGGAAGCAGCAGAACCCAAGUUGCAUGAAACGUCUGAAAUGGUAUUUGCUGCUGCUUCAAGCUUAUGUGGCAAAUUAUGUGAUACUUGUUGCUGCAUGUGUUUCAUACAGUUCUGUUCUCGGUUUAAUGAUCGAUGUGCAGUUACGUUAGCGCAGCUCUGUACAGCGCUUGCUUGUUUUGAAUGUUUUAGUUUUUGUUGUGAAGUCUGUGGAGAAUGCAACUAAUGUAUCAGCAGCUACACUACCACAGAUGUAUCAGAAAUGUAAUGGAUUGACAUUACUUUAUAUGUAUAGUUGUAUAAAUCUUUUCAUUCCAGAUGUAGUGAACUGCUUGUAUGUAAGAAUAAUAGAGGAAAUAAAAUAUAGAAGUUAAAGAGUACUCA